UUUAAAUUUAAUACUUUCUGGUUAUCUACUACUUCAUAUCUUAAAAUUCACUUAACAGUUAUCAUAGCUUAAACUUUAAAAUUUAAAUAUGUUCCUUUUUGUUAAGUCGGUAACUUUUGUGUUACUUUAAUUUAUAAUAUACACAAACAUUAUGUUUAUUAAUGGCAUUUAUUUUAUUUGUCUAUACCUAUUGUCGAUCUCGCAUAAGCUGGAAAGCUCGGAGAUAGUCAUAACAAUUUUGAGUCAACUAAAUGACUAUAAUGUAGAACAAGCACUCAGAUUAAAAAAUAAUAUAUUGAAACAAACAAAAUCAAUUAAAGAGCCACGGCUAAGUGGAGUAUAUAUGCUUCAUGAACAAUUUCCAGAACCUGGAAGUUGGACUAUUAUUCCAAUUAUAAAACUAUUGUAUAAAAAUAAUAAAAAUGCAAAGUGGUUUCUGUUUUGUGAAGAAAACGCUUAUGUGAAUUAUGACAAUUUACAAUUAUUUUUGAAAGAAAAGAACUCCAGUGAAUCUUUAUGGAUGGGAUAUGGUGUAAAAGAUAAACACCCUACAAUAAUUCAUCAUUAUGCAUUUGAAGAAAAUGAAAAUGAAAGAGUUACUUACCCUUUGUUUGCUGCAGGAUUUGUUAUAUCUGCUGAGCUUUUAAAAAAUAUUGCCAAUCUAAAAGUUGAAAAUCAGUUGGAUUCAGAUUUUUCAAUUGAUGCAUCUUAUGAAUUAGCAUUAGUAAUCAAUAAAAAAAUCAAACAUCUUCCUUUAAAAUUUUGUUUGAAACUUUCACCAGACUGUAUUGUUCAUCCUUUGUCUGAAAGAAGUGACUGUACACAAUAUGGAAAGGUGACAAAAGAUUCAAUAUAUUUUGCUGUGAAAACUUGCAGUAAAUUCCAUUCAGAUAGAAUACCAGUAUUACAAUCUACUUGGGGUCGAGAUGCUGUAUAUAUUGAAUAUUUUAGCGAUAAAUUUGACAAUGCAAUACCAACAACUGUAUUAGAUGUACCUAAUACUGAAAGAGGACACUGUCAAAAGACUAUUACAAUUUUCAAAUACUUAUCCAAAAAACUUUUGUCAAAUAAAGCUGUGAAAUGGAUUGCAUUGACAGACGAUGAUACUCUUUUGAGCGUUCCUCGGUUAGCAUCGAUAUUGAGCUGUUGGAAUGGUCAGCAAAUUGCACUUGGUCAAAGAUAUGGUUACAAUAUUCGAGGAGAUCAGUCUUUAGGAUACAAUUAUCUAACGGGUGGUGGAGGUAUUAUAUUUAAUGUGGGAUUGGUCCAUAAAUUGACCACUUGCAAAUGUUAUGCACUUGAUGCACCUGAUGAUAUGGUAUUAGGCAUGUGUUUGAAAGCUUUGAAUGCCACAGUGGUCCAUUCUCCAGUUUUCCAUCAAGCUAGACCACAAGAUUAUGCUGAUGAAUAUUUAGAAUCUUAUCCAAUGGUGUCUUUUCAUAAACAUUGGAUGAUUGAUCCUAUUGAAGUGUAUCGUCAUUGGCUUUAUCAAGACUCUUCUUUUGGACAUGAUGAGCUUUAAGUUUACCCGUCCAUUUGAAGCAGCCAGCACUGAAUUAAGUAUAAAAUCUGGAGGCACUAUAGCAUCAGCAAGUGUUACUGCUUCA